GGGGUACUUUUUUUUGCUGCAGGGGCACCGUCGCCCGGGGACGCCCGGCGUCCCAGCCGAGCAUAGAACCUGCCGGGGGUGCUUAAGAGGCAGAGCCUGCAGCCUGGUUCACCGAUGCGUCUCUUCCCGAGUUUCGUCACGCUCGCGACCGCCCUCGACGCCGAGGAGGCCGCCUGGGUCGCGCGCUGGCGGCGGCCGCCGCAGUCGAAGAAGCACCACUGGCACAGGCUCGCCGGGCCCAUCGACGUCUCGUGUACGUUCCGGUACCGCCUGGGCUUGACGAAAGACGCGGUCGGCGCCGCGGGCCCCGCGCUCGACCUCCGCUUCGACCAGCACCAGCGGUGGCUCUCCGAACCGCACGCGCCGGAGAGCGCCGCGUUCGCGGCGACGCCGCGCCUGUGCGCGUCGGCGGCGAAUCAGGAGGCGCUCGACGGCGCCCCGGCGCACGUCAUGGUCACGUCGUCGCUCGCCUACCUGUUCCGGCUCUGGCCCUACUUCGCGAACCACGUGCGCUUCGCGAAGCGACGCCGGAGGCGGUUCUUCGUGUGGAUCGGCGAGCUGCCGGAGGGUCUCGCGACGACCAUCGGCGGCGCGUGCCGGAGGUCGGCGCAGGGGCACGUGUUACUCGACCAAGGCAUGCUGCCGAGGGACCUCCAGCGCCGGGUCCUGAAGUCGAUCUACUUCCAACGGGAAUCCGCCCAGACGAUCUACAACAGCAACCACUACAACAAGAUGCCCGCCGUGCGCGAGCGGCGUCCGUCGACGGCCGGCGACCCGGGCGCGACUCCCCGGCGCGGUCCGCGCAGGCGCUCGCCGCGCUGGACCACCCGCGCGUCGGCGGCGUCUUCUACGGCGACCUCGACUCGUACUACGACGGCGAGGGAGACGACGUCGCCGCGCUCCACGCCGACCCGAGCGUGGACUACGCGGCCUUCACGAACUCCGGCCCGCAGCACGCCUUCUGGAACGUCAAGGGCUGCGCGUUCUACGCCCGCGACGCGCCGCUCCCGAAGAGACUGCUGGAGGCGUGGCUGCGCGACCGGUGCGGCUUCAAGGACCAGUACCCGUACUGGCAUUCCAUUUUGGUGGAGGGCGCGCGCGCGGGCUGCCUGGCGUACGACGGCGAGAUCUACCGCAUGCUCAGCUACGAGGCGAUGAAGAAGGGGGCCGCCACGUAUCCGUCCCUCGACGUCGCCGCGGGCGCGCUGCGGCAAAAGUGCCCCGCCUUUAGGUUCCGGCCGCACAAGUUCGCGCGGCCGCUGCACCGGAGCGUCGGCCCGGACGCGGUCGUGGGCUUUUCCUACGCGGCGGCCGGCGCGGUCCAUGCGAUGAACGUCUCAAACGUGCUCGCGAACACGCCGGCCGGGGGCGACCUCCUUGGCGCGCUCGGCCUGGCGGGCGUCGACGCGGCGGCGUACUCCUAGUGUUGUGUGGUCUGUAACUCAUUCUGUAGCUCA